UGCAUUUCCAACACCUCUUAGAAAGUGCAGCACAACAGAAACAUGAGGCAGCGCUGCGCGCUCAAACAUGGAAUAUUGAAGGAAUUCCUGGCAGAAUUCCUGGGGACUUUUGUCUUGGUAUUGUUUGGCUGUGGCUCAGUUGCUCAGACUGUCCUGAGUCGAAACACGCUGGGGGAGCCUCUUACCGUCCAUAUCGGCUUCUCUGUGGGCCUCAUGAUGGCAGUGUACGUGGCUGGUGGGGUUUCAGGAGGCCAUGUGAACCCCGCCGUGUCUCUGGCUAUGGUGAUUCUGGGCAAACUGAAGAUCUGGAAGUUUCCCUUCUAUGUCAUUGCUCAGUUCCUUGGUGCUUUUGCAGGAGCUGCAGCAGUCUUUGGAUUGUAUUAUGAUGCUUUCAUGGACUUCACAAGUGGUAUUCUGUCAGUGACAGGAAUCAAUGCCACAGGCCACAUUUUCGCCUCCUACCCAGCCAGACACCUGUCGGUCCUCGGAGGCUUCAUUGAUCAGGUGGUUGGGACAGGCAUGCUGGUUCUCUGUAUUCUGGCCAUCAUUGAUGGCGGAAACAUCGGAGCUCCUAAAGGCGUGGAGCCGCUCGCCAUCGGCCUGAUCAUCAUGGCCAUCGGUGUGUCCAUGGGGCUCAACUGUGGCUACCCGCUGAACCCUGCCAGAGACCUGGGACCACGUCUGUUCACGGCGGCAGCAGGAUGGGGGAUGGAGGUCUUCAGGUAG